AUGGCUCUCAGCGGGACUGACAAUAUGUUAAUACACUGCGCCAUCUGCGGAGCUCCCACAGCCAAGCAUCAACCCGCAACGCUUCUCAGCGACCCGGCACGGGAGCUGGAGGUGGUGAUAGAGCACUUCGCCACGAAAUGGGGGCCCUCCCGAUUCACCACCGGCCGCGCCAUCGACGAGCUGCGGGUCGCCAAUGCCGGCCGCUGCUUCUUCACCACCAACGACGACGACGAUGAGGGCCGCAGGGCGACGGCCUACGCCUCCGACGACACGGUCCCGGGCGCCGACCGCUACUACAUCCCCGUCCACGACUACUGCCUCAGCCUGACCAAGCGCAUCCUGGCCUCCGGCCACGGCCGCGUCCGAACCAUGCGCCAGCUGUGGAAAGUCCUCCGUACGAGAUGUCUGGCCACCGUCGCCAGUGGCCGGACGGAGCCGCUCGCCGGGACCGACGCUCCCGACGACUACCACCUGCCGCCUCGAGCAGAGGACGAGAGUCGGGAAGACCGCUGGUGUACGGCAGAUGCAUGGGACGUCCCCGACCUCACCGCCGGCGUCCUCGCCCAGAUGACGCCUUCUCGGCCCCCUUCUCUGGACGGGCGGCAGGCCGAGUUCCGGGCGCGGUUCGAGCGGCUCCCGCAGGAGAUGCAGGACCACAUCCUGUCCUUCGUCUUCACCGAACAACACUUCCCGCCGGACUGCACGUACCUGAUCCCCCAAGGCGCGUGGAUGAACCUGCUGCUGCAGGGCCAGGUCGUGCCGUACCUCUGGGACCUGGACCGCGACGAAGUCGAGAAGAAAGUAGCGGAAGGCCGGGAAAGGGGGGUGGAGUGGGACUUUGAGCUGCUCGUCCGCCGGCUCUGCCAGGCGCGGUCCAUGGCCGACGGGGCGCCGCUGGCGAGCAUGCCGGCCGGCCUGCGGAACCGCCAGCGCGUGUGGAAGCUCGUCCAAGACAUGUACGUGGGAGAUUUCCUGCCCGAGACGCCCGCAGCAGCCGCCAUCCCGCGGUACUGGGACGAGGAUGGGAACCUCCAGUACCCUUUGGUCUGGAUACGAAGAUAA